GUACAUACCAGGUUUGCGCUGUCCUUUAAGGGAGGCGUAGGUGAGCGCUCCGAGCAUAAUUCCAAUACUUAAGACGCUUACCUGCCUGAGCUUUUAGCUUCGUGCUUCACUCUAGGAAGUUAGGGCUUUAUCAACACAUAUAUAGCGCAUUUUGGGAUACCUACUUUGUUGCUGGAAGAAAGGUCUGCGUUGUGCGAUCUGACCAGUUACUUCUUUUGCGCCUAUGGCGUCGCGAGAUGCCGAGUCGAGAAGGGCAAGUGGAACCACCCGAUAAGGGCAUAGGAUUGGGCCGGACGGCAAAAAUGGCACGAGUUGGGCGCAAGUACGCCACACUCUUUGAGUUGGCGGCGCUUCCAACGUCGAAGGCCGAACCUGUAGUUCCCUGCGAAUGGGCAAGCCGCGUGCUUCGGCUGCUGGCGUCCGCCAGCUGGGCGGACCCUGUCUUUCUUGAGGAGCUAUGCGAGAGUGGUCUGGUGCCCGCAAUCUGCAAGGUCCAUCCGCUUCUCAAGGCGAAUGCGACCGGCUGUGCAGCGUCUAGUUCUAUACAGGACUCAGCUGAUCUGGACGAGGCUGUGCGCAAGUUGCGCCACGAGCUGGGGCUGGCCGAGAAGCGGCUGCCCAGCCAUGGCAACCUUGGCAGCGGCGGUAGCGCCUUCUAUACCACCUGGACCAGCGUUGGCCACGUGUGCAGCCUGAUGUUACAGGCGCUGACACACGCCGGGGCUGCGCAAACUCCCAACACUCCCGCUUCUGCUAAUGCUGGCGGGACCGCCUCAACCGCCGCUACCCACUCGCAGCAGGCCCCAGCCACGAACGGCCCAACUGCCGCGACCCAGGCCUCCACUUCCGGUGCGGUAGGAUCUUCUGCACCCAACAGCAACCAGGCGCCGGACCCUGAAACGCAGGAAGGCCCCGCCAACGACACCAGCGCCGCAGCACAUGCUGCCCCCGCCCGAGCUGAGGCGGGAGGUGCCGCGAGUGGGGCUGUUGCGGACACGCCCGGGGAUGCCGGACCCUCGAACGCGGCCACACCCAGAGGCCAUCCCGGCUCUACGGCCAAGGCGCUGAGUGGCUUGUUCGCGAGUCCUCCGGGAACUGCCGGCGGUGUUAGCAGUGGCAGUGGAGGCGGCGGCAGCAUGCCUGCGCUUGCCACGGAGGCAGCGCUGCUGAAGUUGCUGGGCCAUAAGCACGUGCUGCCGCGCGCCAAAGAUGUGCUGCGUGCGGUUUCGGAGCCGUACCGUGCUGUGCUGGCGCGGAUCUUGCUGACCCACAUGAUGACGGAGAUGAAGGCCACCAAGUCAGGACUGGCAACCAUCCUCCAGAUCCUCAAGGGAGACCCCGAGGCAUCUUCGCCCGCCCCCACCGCCCUUCCCAAAGCCUGGUUCGCCAGCGCGGCCCUCCUGACGGCCUACCGUGACGUGCUCUCCGCCUGCGCCCCGCCGGCUCCUCCCUCCGCCGAGGCUGCUGCCGGCCCCUCUACCAGCGCUGCGGCUGCUGCCCCCGCUGCGGCUGCUGCGUCCAGCGGAGCUGAGGCGCCAGAGCUAGCAGCUGGGCAAGCAACUGCGUCGUCGGAGGCGGAGCCGCUACCUCCUGCAGGAGCAGGGCGUACAGCAGGGGAAGCUGCGGGGGAGGCUGAACAUUCAGCAGCUCCGAACCAGGCCUCCGGGGGCGGUGCGUCAGCAGCCGUACCCCAGCCGGCGACAGAGGCGCAGCAGCAGGCGGAGGCGGCAGCUGCUGCGGACGGGAGCGGUGACGUCCCAAUGGCUGAUGCGCAACCAGCGCCCCAACCCGAACAGGCUGCUGCUCCCGCGCCGAACACCGGCAGUGCACCGACUGGCCUCGAUAGCGCUCCGCCGCCAUCCUUCUCUGCAUCCCUUCGAAGCGAGCUACCCAGUCUUCCCGCUCCAGCCACCCUACCAGCGGCCUCCGCACCCGAGUCCCGCGGCGAUGACGC